AUGGUUUGUGGGCCAGAUCGUUCUUUCUAUGCUGUUAAUGUUAAUUGGCCAGGGAGCGUUCAUGAUGCAAGGGUACUGAGAAAUUCCCGUUUAGCAGAAACUUUUAACGCUGGGUACAGACCGUUUCCAAGUGCAGUUAUCUUAGGAGACAGUGCUUAUUCAUUAAGUGAAUGGCUAAUUACACCAUGUAGGACAAAUCCGGACAAUGCAGUCGAACAAAGAUUCAACCGGGCACACAAAAGAACAAGACGAAUAGUUGAAAAUAGUUUUGGCAUAUUGAAAGAAAAGUUUCCUUGUUUAAAUUACCUCCGUAUGCAGCCCACUGUUGCUGAACAAAUUGUAAUAGCUUGUUGCAUUUUGCACAAUCUAGAAGUGAGAAGAGGGACACCAAUACGGGAGCUUGAUAAUAACGAUGGAGAAGGAAAUGACAACAUUGAAGACAUUCAAAUAGAGGAGAUUGAACGACCAAAUCAAAACGCGUAUGCGAAAUAA